AACACUUCUUGAACCUUCAGUGUGUCCGCAACUCCUGAUUCAACUAAACAAAUACACGUACUAUACACUGCAAAUAAAACUCCAAGGUUCGGUGUCAUAUGACUUCAGGAUUGAGCUUUCGGUAAUACUAUAGCGGGUAAAAAGAUCUCAAGGUGGGAUGAUAUAUACAUUGGCUGUAAUAAAGGAGUUUGCUAGUUUCUUGGUUUGCGUUCUAUCCGGAGAGCAGGGUUCGGAGGUCCGAAACUGGAUUUCUAGAGAGAAUGAUUGCAGGGAGUGAGAGGUUUAUUUUACAGUCCACCAGGAGACAGGUCUCGGAACACGAAUCCUAGCUCCGCUCUCAUCAAUUCUUUAUUUAAAUAGAUGUGAGUGAAUCCCUGAGUGAUGUCAGUGUCUGGGCCGAGCAGCCAACACGACUCCAACUAUUCUCAAAUUAUUCAGGAUCAGCUGUAUCUGGAUGAGCAAACCCGAACCAAGAGCGAUGAUGAAAACCUGUAUAUUGACACAGGAACAGUUCUGCCGCAGGAGAUGUCAAAUUUCUACUCUCUAAACUUUCCAAACCUAUCUGCCGUGUCCGCCACAGAGUGUAACAUCCAGUCCUUCACCACAAUUUCCUCCGGUAUUGCGCCUGAGGCGGAGUUGUCCAUCAACGAGGACAAAGGUGUGAACACGCCAACUCGAGAUCUUGUCCUAGCCUCUAUAUCUGUUAUGAAAGGAAGGAAGGCGCGACCUGAUACUAAAAGAAUCUGUAACUGGGUGAACAGGAAGUACGGGAGAUCCGUACACGAAGUUGUACGAGAGAUAGACGAACUGUGUAAAGAAGCUGUUCUUGAGAAGGUUGAUUACAAGGGAAGCAUCUCAUUUAGAAUUACGUCGGAGAAGAGAUUGCAUAAGCGAGUAGGACGGAGGAAAAAUUCUCCGGGUCAGAUAGAGCAACAACAGGGUUCAGAGUUUCCUGUCAUUAAGCCACCUAGAAAUCCCAAGAAAUCCCCGAAGGUUGGAAAGGUUAAAGAGAGUCCAGGGGAAAAAAUGGAUCCAGUCACCCUUAACCUUAUCCUGAGGGAGGAGUUGAACGUUCUUACAAACGGGUUUGUCACGCGAGAGAACAUUGUGCAGGCCUUGGAGAUCACUCGGAGACCGAUCAACAAGCGAGCGGUCUACAGAGAUCUUGAAACCAUUCUUGCUCAUGAAAUCCAUCUAGGUUACUUAGUCAAGCAUACAGAGAAGACAUUUAUUCUUGCAAGAAUAAACAAAGAUAAACAUUACAGAGGUACUAUUCCGUUAAAAUGCUCCAAACGGAAACCUAAACCCACGCAGAGAUAUUUAGAGAUGGAAGCAGAUAUGAGGGGAAAUAAACCGGAUAAAUACUCGGAAUACGGAACCUUUGAUCAGGACGGAAACUUUCCGAUUAAGUUCUCCAACGGAGUAAGAAUUGUUAAGUCGGAAGAGGAACUCAAGGAUGAUCUAAUCAAGGAGAAGUUAAUCAAUAGCAAUCUACUCAAGAUGAAAUCUAAAAUGAAGUCGGGGAAGGUUAAGGUGAAGAAAGAGAACAAUUCUCCUUGUCCCGGUGUAGAAAUUCUCCCGGUAAUAGUUCCAGCUUCAGUAGAAACCUUGAAGAUGGAAUCUGAGGAUAUACAACUUAGAGUUCAGGAUCAGAAGAAACCUCUUCUAGUUCCUAUUAAACCUAAACUGAAGAAAGAGGCCUGGCAGGUUUCAAUCACUGUAAAGGAAGCUAAACCUAAGCCUGUUACUUCUGAACCAGGUCACAUUCAAGAAGAGAUAAAAGUGGAGAAGGAAGAAACUCCUGUGGAAGAAAUUACCAUCGUUAAGAAUGAAGAUGUCAGCAUGGAAGAUGCAUCUGUGGAAGAACUGUCUCUGGGGAGGUUGGAAGAAGAAAGUUGGGAGUCUAAACCAAAGCGGAGCUCUAGAAAAAGAAAGAUGUAUAGCGAGGACUCUGAGGAAGAAUCUAUGCCUGAUCUGGUUCCUCCAAGUCUUGAAGUAACUACGCGAACUUCCAGUGGAAGGACGAAGAGAGCCCGUAAAAUCUUUGAUCCUGCUGACCACGAUGUCCCGAGCAGAAUUAUGAAGAGAUGUCGAACCAACAGCCCGUCUCAGGAUCCAACAGCAAUCAGUAACCCAGAGAAGCUUGGAAACAGAUCAGAGAGUCCUAAAUGCACUCCGGAGAUUAAACCUGAUCAGAAAUUAAUAAUUACCCAGAAUACAGUAAAGGACGUAGAUUCAGUUCCACAGGUUCCAGUUUCCAGGUCGGUUGUUUCUCAGGGUCGACGAUCCAGUACGGGAAAACAAACCAACCCCACGGAAACUCAGUCCAAAGUUGGUGCUAGAAAAUCUUUAACAAAACCGGAAGCAGUCAAGCCAAGUAGGGAGAAGAUUGAUAGUAUUUCUGAACCAGUUUCAGAGAAACAAAUGCCUGAAUCAAAUCAUAUCAAAAAGGAGGAGAAGAUUAAUAAAAAGGAUGUUCUCAACGAACCACAGAAUGAAGGAGAAAAUGACAUGAUCAAUGGGAACCAAGCUGUAAAGGAAGUAGAAAAAGAAGCUGUUCGACUGUAUAAGAAAGACGGAAGAAAUGAAGUUUUCUCUGGAAAGAAAGAUGGAAUUCUAUCUGGGAAAAAGGAUGUAUCUGACACAACUCCUGCUAAAAAAGGGACCCUCUCAUGUAAAAAAGAGGGGAUAGAAAAAACUCAGACCGGCAAGAAGGAUGGAACUGGGAUAAAUAUAUCAGGAAAGAAAGAUGUUAUCGAAAGAAAUCAACCUGUGAAGAAAGGUUUGCUGACUGAUGCGCCAUCUGGAAAGAAAGGUGGAACCUCUACUCUUGGUAAAAAUGGCGGAUUAACCGGAAUUACGUCUGGGAAGAACGGAACUCCCAAUGCUUCAAAUAAGGACGGAUUGAUGAUUAACUCCCCUUCCUCAGAAGAUUUAGACAAUUUAGUUCCUGGUAAACGACGAAUAGAUCGUCUUCAACGAAGUGAUAUUAAGAUCUCUAAGAAGGCUGUGACUGGCCCUCGUCCCAUCCUUCCGAAAACCAAAAAAUCUGCAGAUGAGAUACCUCAACCUGAGGACGAACCUACAAGUUUGCUCAGCUUCAUUUCUGAUGAUUUCCACGCAGAACGGAAAGCUGAAUCCGCAAGAAAAGUUCCCCCUCCAGUUCUAAGGAUACCUACGGUUAAGAAAUCAGUUUUUAAAGGGCAGAAGGAGUUGAGUACGGACCAGGAAAGGAAUGUUUCCGUUCCCAUGACUGGAGAUCGAAAAGAGGAAGAAGUUUUGGAAAACGGUGCAAAUAAAAAAUCCGCUGAAAGUUUAGAUCCGACCUUUAAGGUUCCUGCUCCUAAGAAGUAUCCCUCCAAGUCUACUCCGCCUGAGAGAACUGCACCGCUAUCUAAGCAUGGAAAGGUAAAGCAUCCUGCAGGAAAGGGUGAAAAACCUAAAUUUCCAGUAGCAUCCAGAGCUACACGUGCUGGAUCCCUCAACCUAAGAGCUAAGAAGGAUCCUAAGGAACGAGCCCUCUGUAUGAACUGUAAUACUGGAAAUAAAAAGAUCGAAAAACUGAUAUUCUGCAAGGAUUGUGACAAAAUUUUGCAUCCCAGUUGUUUGCAGUACCCGGAGGAUUUAACGGACAGGAUUUAUAAACAGCCCUGGCAGUGUAUAGAUUGCAAAACAUGUUUUGUCUGUGUAAAAUCGGGAGACGAUGAUAAGAUGUUGUUUUGUGAUUCCUGUGAUGUAGGAUAUCACAUGACCUGUCACCGUCCGCCCAUCUCCCGGAAGCCGAGAGGACGCUGGGAAUGUGACUCCUGCGCCGCCGAGACCGGAUACAAGGGCGAAAAUGAUGAAAAAUUCAAUCCCCCCGGAGCCGCAACAUAUUUUGAAGAACUUCUACCAAAUCUUCCACCCGGAGUUGGUCCAUGGCCCGUCCUAGGAUUCUCCGGAGCAUUUUGCCCUGCUCCGGAUCAGUAUCCGUCCCGCUGGCAAGAUUUACCGAUUGAUGAAAGUAUACCGGAUAUAUCCGGAUGGUCUCCGGCCAGGAUGUCCCAAUAUCUUGUACAGAACGGCAUCAAGGAUGUAGCUGCCAAGGUCUUUUUUGAACAGGAGAUUGACGGUGCUAGUGCUCUAGUUUUGCAGAGACGGGACGUACUCCAAGGAUUAGGAUUAAAGCUCGGACCUGCUCUCAAGAUUUAUCAUCAUAUCAAGCGUCUGCAGACCAGGAGAAACUUCGGCCUGGUCGCUUAAAUAUAUUCAUUCUGCUCCGGUAUAAAUAUACCGAAACUUGUUGAUAAUAUUAGUGUGAUUUAUUGAUUUAAUUGAUAUAGUACUGAACCUACAGAACCUAUACCUCGAGCUCCUUACUAAAUUCUUGUAAUCUAAUUAUUUAAAAAAAUGGUGCAAUUGUGCCCAUCCCAUGUACAUUCAUACAAGGAGCAUCAUAGUUUCCUAGUUGUACACAGUUGUGAAGAAUAUUUGUCCAACAGUACAUGUAAAAAUGUAAUUAAUCAUACUUCCGAGGCAAUUAAUUGAAAUUAUGUCCGCUAGAGGGAUUUAUUACUAUUUAUAGCAGAUUAGCAAUAAAUGUAUUUUCAUAUAAAUCUAUUGUUAUUUUCAUCAUUUUUUUUCCUUUCAGA